GCAGUGCCCAUCAUAACCCCUCUGGUUGCUCUUGACUUGUUGAGGAAAGUGGAGUGGAAAGCAGCUCUCCGGACACUCUGCUGCAUGUUUCUGGGACUUUACUGCCAUUACUGGCUGCUGCUCCACGUCUCGGGCUUCCAGUCGCCGUGGUCUGCCCUGCUCUGCAUGCUGCUCAUCCGCUCCCUCCUGGCCCAUCCCUACAUCCACGUCAACAUAUUCCAGCACAUUGGCCUCCCCAUGUUCGCGGCCGAUCGGAAACCCAAGCGGAUCCACCUCAUGAGCCUGGGCGUCCUCAACCUGCCCCGCAACGCCCUACUCGACUGGUCCUUUGGCCACUCACUCAUCAGCUGCCACGUGGAGCAUCACCUCUUCCCCAGCCUCUCCGACAACAUGUGCCUGAAGAUCAAACCCAUUGUCUCCCAGUACCUGAAGCAGAAAAAGCUGCCGUACAACGAGGACACCUACACCUCCAGGCUCCGGCUCUUCCUCCGGAGAUAUGAGGAGCUGAUGGUCCACGCUCCCCCCAUAACAGAGCUGGUGGGCAUCCAGUGA